AUAUAUAUAUCCCAACAUUCCUCCCUUUUUGCAUCAGGAAAGGAAAGAAGUACUCUGAAAGAGACAGAGAAGGAAGGAAGGAAGGAAAGAAAGAAAGAAAAAGAGAUAAAGAACGGAGAGAGUGACAGCCCUUCCUUUUUUAAGGGGCCUCUGUCUCUUUAAGGCCUCCGCCCCUCCUCCCUCCCACAGAAGAAGGGAAGGAGAAAAGGAGGAGGGCCUGCAGCCGGAGGUAGGAAGGAAAGAAGGAAGGAAGGAGAGAAGGAGGAAAAAAGACAAGGCGGAGGAGAAGGAUAAGCAGAACCAAUUGUAUUGGGGGAUUUUAAGGGGACCCCUGUGUUGGGAAUAAUGGGAUAAAAGGGGAAGAAGGCAGGAGAGGAGAGGAAAGGGGGGAAGUGAGCCUUUGAAAGGCAAAGGAGUAGGCUCUUCCUUUGUUCCUUUUGGGGAGGAAGAGGAAGGAAUAAAAGAGGAGGAGAGGAGGAGGAAGAAGGGAAGAACAAGGACUGACAGAGGAGGAGGAGGAGGAGGAGUGCCUUUCUCUAUUUGAUUUGGUAUUGACCCUUCUUCAUCCUCAGAGAGAGAGAGAGACUGGAGAUAGAUAGAUAGACGAGAGAUAGAUAUAAGAAAUAGAUGCAUGAGAUAGAUACACGUGAUAGAUAUAUGAGAGAUAGGUAUGAGAUAGAUAUACAAGAGAUACAUAUGAGAAAUAGAUAUGCGAAAUAAUUACGCGAGACAGAUAUAUGAGAGAUAAGAUAGAUUGAGGACCACAGCUAGCUGCCCAUCACUUGUUUUGCAUUCUUCUUCAUGCUCAUCUUCGUCAUCCUCUGAGACCAGAGGACGAAAGAUAGAAAGAAGAGGAAGAGGACAAGUGUCUCUUCAUCUCUAAUUGGGGAACUGUUUUGUAUUGGAUCGUUCCUCCUCAUCAUCAUCUUCAUCAUCCCCUCUCAUUUCUCAGGAGGAUGGAUAGGUAGAUAGGUCCCUUCUUCUUCUUCAUCCUCAUCUUCAUCUUCUGAGACCAAAAGCAGAGGAGGAGGAAAAAAGACAGAGAGACAGAGGACUACAGUCAUCUCUGUUUUUUAUUAGUUCUCCUAUUCAUCAUAAUCUCCAUCAUCCUCUGAAACCCUGCUAUAGGAGGAAGGGAGAGCGGGAGACAGAGGGAGGGAAAGGGAGGAGGACCACAAGUAUCUCUCCAUCUGAUGGAGAUCCUGUCUUUGUCUUCAUCAUCCUCUGAGGAGGAGGAAGGAAGGAGGUUAAGGUAGGCAACUGACUCUCCAUCCAUCUCUGAUGCCUUGUGCUGGUCUCCUGUUCUUCCUCAUCCUCAGUCCUAUCCUCCUCUAAGCCUUCCUUCCAUUCAUCCAUCCAUUAUGGUGGACCCGGUGGGCUUCGCAGAGGCCUGGCGGGCCCAGUUCUCGGACACGGAGCCCCCCUCGAUGGCACUGCGGUCGGUGUCCGAAAUUGAGUCUGAACUGGAGCGUUGCAAGGCCUCGAUCCGGCGCCUGGAGGUGGAGGUCAACAAGGAGCGCUUCCGCAUGAUCUACCUGCAGACCCUCCUGGCGCGAGAGAGAAAGAGCUACGACCGGCAGCGGUGGGGGUUCCACCGACAGCGGAACGAAGGUGACGAUGAUGACGAUGACGACGAGGGUGGUGGGGAUGUGCCAUCUCAAGCUGAGAGCAAGAAAGCCAAAGGGGGCCGGAUCGGAAACCGGGGCUGGCUUCGGAGCCUCUCCGACCGAGACGAUUCAGUCAGCAGUGUUGCGGAAUAUUGCUCUAAACCAGGUGCUGAUGGGGAAGUUGUCAAUGUAUUAGAGUAUCCCUCACAUAAAAAACCAUUGAGGAAAGAGCGUGAGGUUAGUGGAAUCGAUCAUGAAGUCGUUGAUGUAUCAGAGCAUCCCUCCCAUAAGAAACCAAUAGGGAAAGAGCGUGAGGGUGGUGGAGUCGACCAUGAUGUUGUCAAUGUAUCAGAGUAUCCCUCUCAUAAGAAACCAAUGGUGACCCAUCGUGCUGAGAAGACCCCUCCGGAUGCCUUCUAUGUCAACUUGGAGUACCACCAUGAGAAGGGCCUGGUCAAGGUCAAUGACAAGGAGGUCUCGGAUCGCAUCAGCUCACUGGGUAGCCAAGCCAUGCGGAUGGACGCUCGGAGAAAGCCGCCACCACCUUCAAGGGGCCGGUCAGCGGAUGACGAUUAUGAGGACGCUGAGCUCAACCCACGCUUCCUCAGGGACAACUUGUUGGCGGAUGCCAACGGUCAGGGCAACAUCCAACCCUAUCACAGUGUCUAUGUCGGUGGCAUUAUGACCCCUGACCCUGCGGCCGAUGGGAAGCCGGCAUUGACGUGGCCACUGCGUUCCUAUUCGCCAGUCGGCAGCGGUGGCGGCUACACACCGGACUGCAGCUCUAAUGAGAAUCUGACGUCCAGUGAGGAGGACUUCUCCUCAGGCCACUCCAGCCACGUGUCGCCCAGCCCCACGGCUGCUGGGCCCUCGCGCCUCUACAAGGCCCGCUCGCCCUCCCAGAAUUCCCUGCAAUCGCUCGACAGCAGCAGCAGCCCACCCACGCCGCAGUCGCAGAAGAGGCACCGACCACAUGGUGGACUACCACGGCAGGGCCCCGUCAUUGUUUCUGAGGCCACCAUUGUCGGGGUGCGGAAGUCCGGGCAAAUAUGGCCACCCGAGGCAGAAGGGGCAGCCCACGGAGGAUGUUUCCAUGGAGACACAGAUGUCUCCUUCGCCGGGAUGCCAUACAUCGACGACUCACCAUCUUCCUCUCCGCGUCUUGGCACCAAAAACCUUUCGGGGACCGGUUCACUGGAAUCUACCAAAUCGAGUGAACCGGAUUUGGAGAAAGGCCUGGAGAUGCGUAAAUGGGUCUUAUCCGGGAUCCUGGCCAGUGAGGAGACCUACUUGAGUCACCUGGAAGCCCUGCUCUUGCCGAUGAAGCCUUUGAAGGCAGCGUCCACCACCUCACAGCCGGUCCUGACAGGGCACCAGAUCGAGACCAUCUUCUUCAAGGUCCCGGAGCUUUACGAGAUCCACAAGGACUUCUACGAUGGGCUCCUGCCCCGUGUCCAGCAAUGGAGCCACCAGCAGCGGGUUGGGGACCUCUUCCAGAAACUGGCCAGCCAGCUGGGGGUGUACCGGGCCUUUGUGGAUAAUUAUGCAGUCGCCAUGGAGACGGCGGAGAAGUGUUGCCAGGCCAACGCUCAGUUCGCAGAGAUCUCUGAGAAUCUGAAGGCCAGAAGCAGCAAGGAUUCGAAGGAAUCGUCUACUAAAAACUCCCUUGAAACCCUCCUCUACAAACCUGUGGAUCGCGUCACAAGGAGCACCUUGGUCCUCCAUGACUUGCUGAAGCACACUCCAGUGGGGCACCCGGACUUCCCUCUCCUCCAAGAUGCCCUCCGGAUCUCCCAGAACUUCCUCUCCAGCAUCAAUGAAGAGAUCACCCCCCGGAGGCAGUCCAUGACGGUCCAGAAGGGAGAGCACCGCCAGCUGCUGAAGGACAGCUUCAUGGUAGAGCUGGUGGAAGGGGCACGCAAACUCCGCCACGUCUUCCUCUUCACCGACCUCUUCCUCUGCGCCAAACUCAAGAAGCAGGUGGCAGGGAAAAGCCAGCAGUACGACUGCAAGUGGUACCUUCCGCUCUCAGACCUGAGCUUCCAGAUGGUGGAAGAGGCUACUCCCCCCGAAGCCGGGCCCAGCAUCCCUUUGGUGCCAGAUGAGGAGCUGGACGCCCUCAAGGUCAAGAUCUCACAAAUCAAGAGCGACGUCCAGAGGGAGAAGAGAGCGAACAAAGGGAGCCGGAACAUGGAACGCUUGAAGAAGAAGCUCUCUGAACAGGAGUCCAUGCUGCUGCUGAUGUCGCCCAACAUGGCCUUCCGCGUCUGCAACCGCAAUGGGAAGAGUUACACUUUCCUCAUCUCUUCGGAUUACGAACGAGCCGAAUGGCGGGAAAUUAUCCGGGAACAGCAGAAAAAAUGCUUCAAGAGCUUCUCCUUGACUUCGGUGGAGCUUCAGAUGCUGACCAACUCCUGCGUCAAGCUCCAGACGGUCCAUCACAUCCCACUCACAAUCAAUAAGGAAGAUGAUGAAUCUCCUGGCCUCUAUGGAUUCCUGAAUGUUAUUGUCCACUCCGCGUCCGGAUUCAAGCAGAGCUCCAACCUCUAUUGCACCUUAGAAGUGGACUCCUUUGGGUAUUUUGUCAACAAGGCGAAAACGAGGGUUUACCGGGACACGACCGAGCCCAAUUGGAAUGAGGAAUUUGAGAUCGAGCUCGAAGGCUCACAAACGUUGCGGAUCCUUUGUUACGAGAAGCACUACAACAAAACCAAAAUCCCAAAAGAAGAUGGGGAGGCCUCCGACCGCAUUAUGGGCAAAGGCCAGAUCCAGUUGGAUCCUCAGGCGUUGCAAGACAAGGACUGGCAGCGUACCGUCAUCGCAAUGAAUGGGGUGGAAGUGAAGCUAUCCGUCAAGUUCACCAGCCGAGAAUUUAGCCUAAAACGGAUGCCCUCCCGCAAACAAACGGGUGUUUUCGGGGUCAAGAUUGGCAUAGUUACCAAGAGGGAACGCUCAAAGGUGCCGUAUAUUGUCCGGCAAUGCGUCGAGGAGAUUGAGCGCCGAGGAAUGGAGGAAGUCGGCAUUUAUCGUGUCUCCGGUGUAGCCACCGACAUCCAGGCCUUGAAGGCCUCCUUUGACGUCAACAACAAAGACGUCUCCGUCAUGAUGAGCGAAAUGGAUGUCAACGCUAUCGCUGGCACCUUGAAGCUCUAUUUCCGGGAGCUUCCAGAACCUCUUUUCACGGACGAACUUUACCCCAAUUUUGCAGAAGGCAUCACUCUUUCUGACCCAGUUGCGAAAGAGAGCUGUAUGCUGAAUUUAUUACUGUCUCUUCCUGAACCCAAUUUGGUCACCUUCCUUUUCCUCCUUGACCAUUUGAAAAGAGUGGCCGAAAAGGAGAACGUGAACAAGAUGUCACUUCACAAUUUAGCCACUGUUUUUGGACCCACGCUUUUGCGGCCGUCUGAAAAGGAUAGCAAAAUACCCACAAACCCGACCCAGCCGAUAGCCAUGACCGAUAGCUGGUCUCUUGAGGUCAUGUCUCAGGUCCAGGUCCUCCUCUACUUCCUCCAGCUAGAGACGAUCCCAACUCCAGACAGCAAACGGCAGAGCAUCCUUUUCUCCACAGAAGUGUAGGAAGAAGCAAUCCGAAUAAAAGCAGCCUCGCUAAAGUUGCAGCAAGUGUGAACUCCGGAAAUCUGCGGAAAUUGAGUUCCCCCAAUCUUAUUUGUUUGUCUGCUGUGAGGAAACCAUUAUUCGAUUCCUCUGGAAAAGUGUGGAAAACUGACUCGUAAUCCUGUUGCUUCCUUCAAACAUUCCUCUGAGACUCUCUUUUUGUUUAACGAGAGGAAACUGUUGUUUGAUUCUUCCAGAAAUGUGUGGAAAACUGACUUAAAAUGCUGAAUUGUUGUUUGUUUCCUCUAUUAUGGCUCUGGGAAUGUACAGAAAACUCUUCCGAAAUUCUUUUUGUUUUCCUUGCAUUGUUUCCCCAGAAAUAAUUUCCUCUGGGAAUGUGGGGAAAAUUGACUUGGUAUCUUUUCUCUUCUCUCAAACAUUCCUCCUUUCAUUUUCUCGUUUACGAGUCUGUCAUAAUUUGCUUUAUUUCUCCAAUAUGGCUCUGGGAAUGUAUAGAAAACUGACUCAAACUUUUUUCACUUCCUUCGAUCAUUCCUCGUUUAUGAGUCGGAAAACAUUUCUUCAUUGAGGUUUCGGGAUUUUGUGGAAAACUGACUUGUAAUCCUUUCACUUCCUUUAAUCAUUCCUCGUAUGAUUGUCUUGUUUAUGAGUCAGAAAUAAUUUCAUUAUGGCUCCUGAAAUUUGUGGAAAAUGGACUUGAACUCCCUUCUCUUCUGUCAAGCAUUCAUCGUUUACAAGUCAGAAAUCAUUUAUUCGAUUUAUCUGACAUGGCUCUGGGAAUUUGGAGAAAACCAACUCAAAAUCCUUUCCUUUACUUCAAUCAUUCCUUGUAUUGUUUCCUUGUUUACGAGUUGGAAAUAAAUUGUUCACUGUGGCUCUGGGAAUGUGAGGAAAACCAACCUGUAAUCCUUUCCUUCCCAUCAAACAUUCCUCAUUUUGUUUACGAGUCAGAAAGGAUCUGUCCCGAUUCUUCUGAUACAGUUCCAGAAAUGUGAGGAAAACAGUCCCAAAAUCCUUUCCUUUUUGUAAAACAUUCCUUGUUUACGAAUUGGAAAUAAUUUCAUUACAGCUCUAGAAAUUUGUGGAAAAUUUCUCUUCCAUCAGUCAUUCCUUGUUUGAUUUCCUUGUAUAAGAGUCGUAAAUAGCCUGAUUCUUGUGUUACGAUUCCAGGAAUGACUCGAAAUCUUUUCCCUUUCCUUCAAUCAUUCCUGGUUUGAUUUCCUCAUUUACGAGUCGUAAACAAUUAGUUUGAUUUUCAUUUUUAUCCCAUUCCUCCAUUUUUUCCUCUUUGAACCCAAAUUAACGAGAAGGAAAGCAACCCGUAAAAAAUGUUGAUGAAUGGAAAAACGCAACAUUUCCAAACAAUUGUUUAGAUUUUUUUGUAAAAUAAAAAAAAGGGGGGGGGCUUUUUUAAUCUUGAGGCAGAAUCUUGAGGAUAUGUGUAUAUAUAUAUUCUGUAAUGUUGUCCAUUUGCUGCUCACAAAUAAUUCUGCUUUUUUUUCUUUGACAAUCCAUCAGCCAAAAAGAAAAAAACCAUGACCUUAUUUUAUUGUAAUGUAAAAUUAGUUUUUCCCAUCCUUCUUCUUUAGAAAAGAAACCAAGAAGGAUGAAAGGGUGGGACCAUGAUGUUUUUGUUUAUAUUUCAAUUGAUUGCUCAUUUUUUUCAUUUUUAAGGACCAAAAUAUAGAUCUAUCUAUAGUCCAUAUCUAUUAUUUAUUUACCUAUCGAUAGGCAUUGUCAUCUACCUAUCUGUUUCCCUCCAGUGCCUAUCUAUAUUGAUCUAUUAAUCAAUCAAACGAGUAAUCCCCAGCCAUAUCUAUCUAUCUAUCUAUCUAUCUAUCUAUCUAUCUAUCUAUCUAUCUAAUUGCAUCCUUUCGAUAUCUAUUACUGUCUACUUCCCUCCAGUCCAUAUCUAUCUAUCCUAUAUCUAAUUUAUCUAUCCACCCAUCUACCCAUCUUCUAUGUCUGUCUGUCUGUCUGUCAAUCAAUCAAUCAAUCAAUCAAUCAAUCAUAUCUAUUUAAUCUAUCAAUGAGAGAGACAUCCAUCAUCUAUAUCUACCUAAUAUCUAUGUCUACCUGCCUAUCUAUCCGUCUGUCUGUCUAAUCUAUCUAUCUCUAUCAACUAUAUAGCUAUAUCUAUCAGUGUAGACAUCUAUUUCUCCAUCUAUCCAUCAUGUCUAUCUAUCCAUCCAUCUAUCUUAUGUCUAUAUCUAUCUAUUAAUUGAUCCAUCUAUUUAUUGAUCUAUCCAUCAUUUAUGUCUAUCAAUCAAUUCAUCUAUCAUCUAUAUCUACCUAAUAUCUACGUGUACCUAGCUAUCCAUCUAUCUAAUCUAUCGAUCUCUAUCCAACUAUUUAUCUAUAUCUGUCUUAUCCAUUUGUUUCUCCAUCUAUCCAUCAUCUCUAUCUGUCUAUCCUACCUGUCUGUCUAUAUCUAUUGAUAGAUCCAUCUAUUUAUCCACUUCUCCAUUAUCUAUUUAUCUAUCAAAUCUAUCACUCCUAUCCAUUUAUCUAUCUGCCAUCUAUGUCUAUUUAUUAAUCGUUAUUAAUUUUUAAAAGCAAUUAAAAUUUAAUUGUGGCUGUCAUUUUGAUGAUGAAUUUAUUACCUUUAAACUCUAGAACAUUCCUUCAUAUCUUCCCAAUAGCUUUGCUUUCUUCUCUCCAUUGACAAGUAUUGGAUCUCAGAGGAAUUCCAUCCCUAUUUAUUUAACUACAAACACAAUGAAAUUAGGUGUAAUUUAGAAGUAAUAUUUUAUAAUUUAGCUUUUUUUAAAAAAAAAACGAGUUUUGAAAAAAUAUUUUCUUCUGUUUUUUAAACUGCUUUAAUAUUCAAAAGGUUGUCCAUUAAUAACCGAUCAAUAAUCAAUUAGUUUGAUUUUUUUAAAGAAAGUGCUGAGCACUUGGCAAAUGAAAAUAAUGAUGCUUUUUUUCCAGAUUUUUAUUAUUGUUGUUGUUAUUAUUAUUUCUAUUUGGAGAAAAAUAAACAAGGAAGUCAUUAAGGAUAAUUGAUCAAAACUAAUUAUGAUUUGAAUUAAUCAAAGGAAAUGAAUUACAAUUUGGAUUGAUUGACUGAAAUGAAUGAAAGUUCAAUUAAUUGAAACGAAUGUUUCGAUUCAUGGAUCGAAACCAAUUAUGAUUAAUUGAUCCAAAUACAUUGAAGUUCAAUUAAUUGCAAUAAAUUACAUUUCAAUUCAUUGAUCAAGAUGAAUUAUGAUUAAUUGAUCCAAAUGAAUUAAAAUUCAAUUAACUGAAAUAAAUUAUGUUUUGACUCAUCGAUCAAAACACAUUCAAUGAAUUGUAUUACAAUUCAUUUAAUGAGGCAAACCCAGGGCCUUCAUUUGUACGAAAUGUUAAAUAGAUUGUUAUCGGUCUUCACAGUCUUUUCCGUUCUAAUUAAAGAUAGUAAUAUUUGUUUAUAAACAAGCUAUUUAACGUAGUGCUGAUUAAUUAUUAUUUUGGGAAAUAAUCAUGGCGAUGAAAUAUUAAUGAAAAAGAUAGCUAUGGAUCCUGUGAAUAGCUGUAGAGCUUGUUCUCAUUCAGAGGUUUGGCAAAAAUUGAUGAUUUUAAAGGUAUUUUGAGGAAAAUCAAUACUUAAUAAAGCGAGAUGGAUUUGAAAAUAAGGAAA